AUUUAUAAUGCAAAGUUAUUAUUGUUAAGCGGGGUUAUCAUCGAGGUUAACGUGUUGUAAAUAUAUAUUAUCACAGUGUGAGUACGUAUAUAAAAAUGGAAUUGAUAAACACAUCAUGCAGUCUCAGAGCAGAUUCGAGAACCGGUGUUACAACUUCGAGGCAGACAAUCCCAAGGCUUUUGUGGCUGGUCCAUUCAGGCAAUAACAGACUCCAUGUGAUAUUUACAUUCAAUUGGACGUCGGAGCUCGUAAGAUUUUUUAAUCUCGCAUAGGGAGAAACAAGAGAUGGGCAAAUUGGAGAGCACUGUUCCCGGGCUGUCCUAUCCGUCGGCGCGCGAUGGUGCUUUAAAGACAGGCAUCGAUUUCCUCGAUGGCAGAAGAAAGGAUGACGGCGCCGAGGGUCUGUGGAGAAUUGGAAAUAAAUUGUACGACUUGAGUCAAUUCAUCAAGAAUCAUCCGGGCGGUUCAGAGUGGAUUGCCCUUACGGAAGGGACUGAUAUUACCGAAGCUUUUCAGGUCCAUCAUCUGACUGACAGAGCUGAGAGGCUACUACCAAAAUUUUACAUUCACGACGCCUCCACCCCGCGAUGUAUCCCAUUAACCUUUCAGCCAAAUGGGUUUUAUAAGAAGUUUAAAGCUCGCGCCUUGAAAGCUCUCGAGGGCGUCGAUAUUCAUCGGCCUUCUCCUAGGACAAACAUGAUUGCUGAUAUGUUGCUUGCAGGCACCAUAAUCUCGUGCCUUACGGCCAGUGCGACACGUGCAUGGCCAGCAAUCAUUGUGAGCGCAAUGUUCUUAACUUGGCUCAGUGUGACUGCGCACAAUUAUUUGCACAUGAGGAACAAUUUCCGCAUGUUCUACAUGGACCUGUGUCUGAUGUCUUCGAACGACUGGAGAAUCACCCACGUUCUCAGUCACCACCUAUAUCCAAACACUAUAUGGGAUUACGAGGUCUACAGCGUGGAACCGUUUCUCUCGUGGCUGCCACUCAAGAACAAAACAAUAAUGUCGCGAAUUCUCUCUCUUAUAUACAGUCCAAUCAUUUACACGCUGACUUACGUAAUGCAGGGCACGAAAAGGUACUACGUAGCACUGACCAAAGUGGAUCUCCAUCCCCAAGAUUUGAUCCCUUUCAUUCUGCCCCUGGCCAUGUGUACCGUUUCGGAAAGUAUCGGUGCCGCCUUCGCUACUUGGACCACCAUCAUUUUCCUGAGCAGUUUUUACUUUGGCUAUACUGGAUUCAAUGCUGCGCAUCAUCACCCCGACAUCUUCCAUGACGGCGACAUCUGUCGGAAGGAUCUUGACUGGGCACUUCUCGAACUGGAUGCGGUGCGCGACCGGUAUUUAAUCGACAGCUCUCUAUUUUUAACCCUAACUAAUUUUGGCACACACACCCUUCACCACCUCCUACCUACUGUGGAUCACGACUAUUUGCGUCGCUGUUGGCCAGCUCUGAAAGAAACCUGCGAGGAAUUUAAUAUUCCCUUCAAAAAGAUGACUCAGUGGGAAUUGACGAAAGGUCAAUUCCAACAGUUGCUGCGAAACGAGCCCAAGACAUUCGUAAGUUAAUUUUCUAGAUGUUUUAUACUUCUUGAUAGUAUAAUUUGUAAAUAAUGGGUUAAAUAAAGAUUUUACGCACUAAGCGUCCAAGUUAA